GCCACGAUUGCUGCUUUGCCAGGAGUGUGCUUUGUCACAUACUCACUGCUGCCGGACCAUUCUGAAAACUAACAGACAGCCAAAACAAAGACUCAACAGGUAACUAUUCAGCUGGCUUGCACAAAGAAUUGAUCUAAUUUCCAGUGCUAAAGCUGUAAGACCAAGCAUCACAAAGAGACCUUUUGCAGCACACACCUACAUGAGGCAGGAGAGCAUGUCUCUGGACGUGAAAGAGAAGACACAUGUGCGGCUCGUGUUCCUGGGGGCGGCCGGCGUGGGCAAAACAGCCCUGAUCCGCCGCUUCCUGCAGGACACCUUCGAGACCAAGCACCGGCGCACGGUGGAGGAGCUGCACAGCAAGGAGUACGACAUCAACGGCGUCAAGGUGACCAUCGAGAUCAUGGACACGAGCGGCAGCUACUCCUUCCCGGCGAUGAGGAAGCUCUCCAUCCAGAACAGCGACGCCUUCGCCCUGGUCUACGCCAUCGACGACCCCGAGUCCCUGGAGGCGGUCAAGAGCUUGCGAGACGAGAUCCUGGAGGUGAAGGAGGACAAGCUCACGCCCAUCGUGGUGGUGGGCAACAAGACGGACCGGGAGGGCGAGCGGCAGGUGUCCAGCGAGGACGUGCUCUCCACCGUGGAGCUGGACUGGAACAACUGCUUCCUGGAAGCCUCCGCCAAGGAGAACGACAACGUGGUGGAGGUGUUCCGAGAGCUGCUCCAGCAAGCCAACCUGCCCAGCUGCCUCAGCCCAGCCCUGCGCAGGCGCCGGGAGACCUUCCCCAAGGACAACGGCAUCCGGCCACCCAUGAACAAGACCAACAGCUGCUCCAUCUCCUAAAUGAGGCAGAGAGCUGGAGGGAGCACAAGGGACAUCUCCCCGCUGCACGGCGGUGCCGCUGCCACAGAGAGUGAGAGAGAGCGAGAGAGAGAGAAUCCUCCCUCCACCUCAACCUUCAGAGUGACUUUGUGCGUAAAGAAAAAAAGGACACUGACUAUGGUUAAAGUCGAAAAGAAGACAGCGGGGAGAGGGGAAAAUAUUAAGCCUGUGUGAAAAUGACUUUGGUUCAACUUUUGGGGACUGAAAAUUUGGGGGGAGGGGCUGACAGGAUGAUCAGAGACACAGAGCUGAUCGUUUUUUAAAUCUACUGUGAUGAUAUUGAAGUAACAAUGAGCUUAUGGUG